AUGGCGAGCAACUUGCCUCAGAAUCCAGCGCCUCCUCUGACUGUCCAAUACACGAUUCCGGCCCAGCCGCAUCCGUUCGAGAUUACCGUCACCAAGACGCCUCUUUCUCUCGAUGGCGAGACGCGACUCCUCGAUCAGCAAGUGACACGUACGACGAUCGUCCGCUUGCAGCGACAGCAAAUCAUCGUAACGACCGCGCUUGGAGGUCCACCCACCGUCCCCAGACAGGAAUCGGUCGUCUUCAGGACUAGACACGGGGUCGAGCCUCGCAACCUCGAGGCAUUCGCAGCUGCAGCAGUUGCUUCGCCGCAUGUCGUAGCUGUACACCGAGGAACGAAACCCCGCAGUGGAGCAAACACCAUCACGGUCAUUGUGACUUUCCAGGCUCCUCCUCUCUUCGUGGACGCUGCUCUUGAGUCCGCACGACAACUUCCAGGCUUUCUGUUCUCGUUUGGGGCUCCUCCUGAAGGAGACGCAAUCAUGCGAGCAAUGCAGUCGAUGACGUUGUGA